AUGAUCUCCUCGUUGAUCGCACAGAUGACCUAUGCCUCACCCAGCUUCUGGCUUCCUUUUGCGGAACAUGUGUUGAAGAAUUUGCGAGAAUACUUCCGGUUGAGCGAAAACUGUUUUCUAGCUGAAGCGAAAGCAGCAGAGGAUAUUGAGUCAAGAACUCAGUGGUUUGUUUCAUUGGCUGGAUCGCUGCUGUCCACUACUAACGAGACCUACAUCCAGAACAGGGACAUUUGCUUUGAAAUGAUCGGAUUACUACUGGAGUGCAAAAGCAAAGUCGCCUACAUUAGCGGUUCUAUUGGAUUGUGGUACAUGCUAUACAUGCUCUCACGUAUCUACCCAGAAAACACUCGUUAUAUUGCUGAUCGACUCGAACGACCACUAAAAGACUGGGUUCCUACUCGAGUAAGGCUGUUAUGUCUAGAUUCACUGUCUGCAUUCCGCGUGCCACAUGUGCAACGCCAUUUGCUGAACAAUGAAUGUGUCGGAGCUAAAUACCGGCUCAUCGCGACAGAGUUGUGCAGUGCGUUCUUCUUGCGUCAUCUUUAG